GCACUUGGUUAAUUCGACACGUGAUAUGUCAACCCUGUAUUGAUUGAUGAAUUCAACAGAAUUGUCUUUCUCAUCUCGCUUAUAGGGUUGCAGAUUUCUUCUGGUGUGAUCAGGAGCUUCAGAGGACACCUGUAAAGAAAGUGAAGUGUCAAUAAUAGUAAACAGAUGUCGCCGAAAAAUUCGAUUCGUCCAUUAUCUAAAGUGUUUCUGUUUUUUGCGAUGAAUAAAAACUAGUCGCUUGAGCUUCUGCAUAUCGAGAUCCUUGGAACAGGGCUUUGUCGUUUCCGUUCCACACGAUUGCUUUAUCGAGGUAGUGCCGUAGUUUGGAAUUUUUGUGCAGAAAGUUAUUUUUUUUACUACCGACAGAGGGACUUGAUACCUGUGGUGACCGCGCAGGUAAAAUAACGCGGUAAAGCGCAAUCCUACUAUUAGAAUAAGCUAAAAAUAAGGCCCAGUACCGGCAUCUAAUUUUUUCGGCGGGGCUAUGGCAGCUACUAGUGUCGUAGUUCUGGAUAGAGGAAAUAAUACUACUUGUACAAUAAACUUACACGGUGCAACGGUGGUUUCGUGGAGAGUAAACAAUCAAGAGCAAUUGUUUGUUAGCAAGCAAGCUGUCUUUGAUGGGAAAAAGGCUAUCAGAGGUGGAAUACCAUUUGUAUUUCCUCAGUUUGGUCCAUGGACCUUUGGACCUCAACAUGGUUUUGCACGAAUUAUUCGAUGGAACUUAGAGAAAGCCCCUGAGCGGUUAGCAAGUGGUGAUGUUGAGGCAAUAUUUUCUAUAAUGGAUACAGAUUUCACUAGAUCUAUGUGGAACUAUGCGUUCCGACUGACCUAUAGACUGAUUCUCCGUGAGAAGGAGUUACAUUUUAAUAUAGCAGUGUACAAUCCCAGUAAGGAUUUGACCUUCAGCUUUAAUAUGCUACUACAUACGUAUUUCAAAGUUCCUGAUGUCAGACGCUGUCAACUUACUGGACUGCAAGGCUGUACGUUCAUUGAUAAAACUAGAGAGGGGGCUAUAUAUCAAGAGACAAGAGACAUAGUAACUAUAAACGAAUGGACUGAUAGAAUCUACCAAAACACGCCUCAAGAGCACAUCAUUACGAACGUCGUGUCAGGUAGAAAAAUGCGAAUACAGAAGUACAAUUUUCCAGAUACAGUCAUCUGGAACCCGUGGGUUGACCAUGCCAAGGACAUGUCCGAUUUUGGAGAUGAUGAAUACCCUAACAUGGUCUGUGUUGAAGCUGGACAUGUCUCCAGCCCUGUCAUAUUGAUGCCUGGUACAGCUUUUGAGGCUAGCCAAAUACUUCAAGUUAUGUAAAUAGAAUGAGGUCAGUUUCAACAGGGUGUGGCGUAAGACAAGCCCUAGUAUAAAAAUUUCCGGACAUUUGAUGGAUACGUUUUUACAGCACAAGUUGUUUAUUUACACAUCUUUUUGGUGGAAAUAUUCUCUUUUCACUUGCGACGGUAACUCACUGAUGAAUAUCUUCAAGGGAAUAGAACAUCGCAAGCUUUCUGUUGACGCAGCAGAAACACUCGUCUAAACUGUAAAGACUGUUUCCUCAAAAAUGAUUGGACUACUAUUGCAAACCAGAUAUUACCCUCUUCUCAGCCCCAUUGAAUUUGUUUGGAAUUAACUUGAUCGGACAGGCAUAAAACAGAGUGCAACAAAAAGUGGUAUGAAGCAAUAUGAAGAACACAUACUAGAAUGCUACUAAGCAACGCAAAAGUAUUGAAUGUAAAAAGAGAAUUUUUUGACCAAAGACAUGUGCAAAUACAAUGUAAUAUUUAUACAAGUUAUUAUUUCAGAUAAAUAUCAGAAUAGGAAGUAAGUUAAACAAGGAUUUCUUGAUGUUCAAUUAUUUUUUGCUAUCUGAAGAACCUUCUAUUUAUAUUUUCAUUGUCAAUUAUCGACCCUCAUGUGUCGGGAAACUUUUGAACUGUAGUUCAUGUUAAUGUUCCUAUACCGUGUAUAACAAUGAUUUUUUUUUAAAGCUGAAAAAUGUACUAAAAACCAAACACAGAAUUUUUAAUUUUCGGAACAGUUGUAAUGUCUUCUGUUCAAAAAAUAUAUUUCUUACGGCACACCCCGUUUAUACUACCAUCUUUUUUGGGGGGUUUUAAGGGAGAAUGUUAAGCCCCAAAAGAGUUGGUGACAUCAUCUAGUCACUCUGUACCCAGUCAGUUUAAGACAGUCAAUCAACACUUACUGCUUACUCUUGCAUUUGUACAAAAAGCAUGCACCUUUUUUUAAAUAAACAAAGCUUUUUCUAUUAAAUAAUUAAAUGUGGCUAAUUGAUAGAUCAAUGAAAAGGUUAUAUGAGUCAGAAAAUCUCUCACUCUGUCUAUAUCAGUUUCUCCAAAUGAUGCUUGAGAGACAAACAACUGACUCGAUUUUCUGUAAGACUUUGUUAUAUUGACUGACUUAAUUUAUCUGAUCAGGGUGACUGCCAAGUAACUCCAUGUGUCAAUGCAAGAGUUGAUAUUUAUUAAGUCGCUGAAAAAGCAAUAUGUUAGAAUUAUUGUUAUUAUCGAAAUCUUCUGCAGGUUUCAUAAUCUCGGAUGUCAUUCCAAAAAAUCAGUUAGCCUUAUGUUGUAUACGAGUGGUAGUGUUUUACAGGUAAUUAUUAAAUAAAGAUGUUUGAUUGUGCAAUAAUGAAAUAAAAAUUUUGUGAAGUUCUA